AUGGCAAAGGAUAAGGGUAAGGCAAGGGUUGUUGUUAUUCACGUGAAUAGUGGCAACCAUUGGAAAAGCAAACCCAGGCUAGAGGUCAGGUUGGUUUGGCCUGCGAGUUGGCUAGGUUGUGUGGGUCCCACAGCUUGCCCUGGCAAGCGUGGCCCGUUGGAAGCGCUUCCUUGGGCUUGGGCCCUGUCCUGCCCUGGCUGA